AUGCGCGACCCGGGGGCCCGCCGCGGCUCGUCCCCCGCGUGGGCCGCCGGCGGGGAGCUCGGCCGGGCCCCGGCGCGGCUCGCGGCCGCUCGCGCCGGGGCUGCGCGCCGGGCGCGGCCGCCGCGGCCGCGGCGGCGCGCGCCCCCGCGCGGGGCGCGGCGGCCCGAGGGGGUGGUCGGGGCCGCGCCCGGCGCGCCCGGGGCGGCGCGGCGCGCGGCGCCGGGCCCUGCGGCCGCUGGCCGGCCCGGCGCCGCCGCGCGCCGGCCGCCCCGGGCCGCCCCGGCCAGGUCCGCGGGCGCCGGCGGCGCCGCCGCGGGGGGCCGCGGCCGCCGCGCGGCCGCCGCGCCGGGGCGCGGGCGGCGCGGCGGGGCCGCCGGGGCGGGCGGGGGGCCGGGGCGCGCGCGGCGCGCUCGCGCGGCGGCGCCCGGCCGGCCCCCCCGCGCGUGCGGGGCCGCGCGGCCGGGCUCGCGGCUCGGCGCGGCGGCGGGCCCGACCUCCGCGGGCCGGCGGCGGGGCGCGGGGGGGCGCCGGCGCCGGGGGUCAGCGCCGGGCCGCCGCGCGGCCGGCGGGGGGGGGGGCGCGGGGAGCGGCGCCCGGGCGCGUCGCCCGGGGCGGGGCCCGGCGGCUCCGGCGUGCGCGCGCCGGUGCCCGGCGGGCGCUGCCGGGCGAUUAUUAAUUAACUUAUAA